GUUGAUUCCUGAUCUGUGCUGAUCCAUCCUUGAGGCUAACAAGCUAACAAGCUAGCGGCUUCUUUUCCCUGCAAGGAUCCUCUACAAGACACACAUCCCUGAGACCAUCGCCUUGUAAAUGGCUGAAAUGAGUUCUGCUGCUGCUGCUGCUGCUCCCAACCAUCGGAGGACCAAACCUGGCGGCAUCAAGCCGGGUGCUGCUGCCAACAGCGGCGUGUCCGGGCCGACCUCGCAGAUCCCGGGUCUGUCCCAGAGCGUGGACGACACCUCGCCAGUGGAGCGGAUCAGCGGACGGCGGGUCGGGAUAUUCGAGACCGACUCGGAUUAUGUGAAGCUGGCGAAGGGGGGGGGACACAAAGGGCUGUUGAGUCAUGAUGUUGAUGAGGAUGACAUGCCCAAGAAAUCCUACAACCCGGCCAACUGGUUCGGAGGGGACGAGUCAAAUGGCGGAAGUAAAGCGUCGUCUCCUGACAGCCAGAUGAAGUCGGACAGGCAGAUUCUGGCUGCACCGUUUGGCACUGAUAGCAGUUCGUCCUGGGAAAGAGAUGCUGAUAGAUUUUCGCAGGGUAAAGAGAAGAUGUCUCCAGACGAUGCUGCCGAUCACAUGGAGGGUCUGACAAUGACUAACAAAUACAAGAGAAGGUCCUACGAUAAGAAGACGACUCCGGUCAGCAUGUCCAAGCUGCUCAGUCACGGAUACGUGGGGGACAAGAAGAAAUCUGCCAACGACGACGACGCCUCAAGUGUGACCUCGGAGCAGACCAGCACCAUCAUGACGGAGGACAUGAACGACCUGGAGUAGGGCUCUGGUUCUGCUCUGGAGGGGACGAGGGGGUCCACACGCCCACAAACGCACCGCUCCGCCCCCUCGGGCUCACUCACAUGUGUUGUACAUCCACUGACUGUUAGGUUUUGUACUCAUGUUUAUGCAACGGUACGGUCUCAUCUUUUAUUUGCUUGGAUUUUUGAGUAGACGGUGGCAGUUUUUUUUUAUUUCAAUUAGAUUCCUCAGUUGGAAACUGCGCGCGGCUGGAGACCGACGUUUCCUUUCCCGCUCGUGUGAGGAAGUAGUGACGUUUUGAAGUGUUUGUGCCAAUGAAUCGUGGUUCCAGUGAUGUGAAGUGUUCGUUUUUGACAAAGGGCUCCUGCCGUCUGAGGGGAUGUGAGAGGUUCGUGUGUUUUCAGCUGCAACCCUGCAGCUGCAACCGCAUGAUAAAGUCAGCACUGAUGGGUUAAAGGUCAUUUCUGUCUGUCUGUCGGCUGCAAAAGGUUGCUCUUUUCUGUAGUUUAGGCUCUAAAACUAAGUAAUGAAGUUCCACUGCUUCUUCUUUGAUCUGCAAGCAGAAUCUUUUAGUUUGACUUUCAAAAUAAAAGCCAGUUGAAGGUCUUUUUAAGGCCACGGUUGCCAAACUUGUCCCUCACUGCAGCGACAUAAACCACCAAACUCCUCCUGCAGGCCGACGCGCCGACACUCGGCUCUGGUGCAGUUCCUUGUGAAGAUUAAGGCGGGUUUUAUAAAGGGCGUUUUUCCUCCUGCUUGCGCAGCGUUUUCAGUUUUUAGCCAUCAGUAUUAGUUAGUUUGCGGCCCCGAACGCUCCCUUUUUUCCGUGUUUGUAGAGAAACAGUUACUGCCGAGGCAUUUUUAGAACAACAAACUUCCAUCGUGAAAGCUCUUCCUUUAUCUUUUGAAUGUACAUUCGCUUUACAACGUGAAAAUAUAACAGUAUAACGGCUCUAGAUGGUCUAAAAAUGACAUUCUUACUUUAAAAACAUUUUGAAACCCUGUUUUUUGACUUCUGAAUGCAGGAGAAAAAAAAAAAAGACCAAACAGUUGCGGACAUGCAUUUGAAUUAAAGCAGCCUGGCCGGCCAGAUUAAUUACCGUCCACUGCCAAACAGAGUUGAUCUGGUUCCUUUGGACUCAACUUUACACUACAAACGGGCUCAUAGAUGCCAAAAGAAGCAGGUCACGGGCAGAAACCUCUGUGACAUCACUGAGGUUUUCUGAAGACGCUUUUAAGCCUCUUUUCCCUCGUACAGCACAGCAUCAUGUUGUAAACAGCCUUGACUCGUUGCUGAUUGGAUGCCAGCCAUCUUAAACCCCGCCCCUCUGCUCCGGUACGUUCCGUACCAGAGAAACUGUCAGUGAAGCUAAUGAAUGUGGCCGGCCAGGCCACAAGCACAAAGUAUCGGUGCAGAGAAACGAGCAGCUCCGUCCGAUCGGAGCAGACCGGCGAGAAGAAACGUUGACUGAUGCAGGACACAAGUUUUAUUUGCUAUUAAAACUUCAGCUGACAGCACGGACCACCUUUUCUUCUUAUGUUCAUUCCUGUUUUUCAUUUAAUGUUUUAUUUUAGUUUAUUUUUAAGAAACAACUGAACAGCAAGAAUAAAACGAGUCCCACGGGGACAUUUGUUGUUCCUGAAGUUGCUCUUAAACUGCAAAGGUUUGCAAACAAAUGGAUUUCCUGUGUCAUGGAUCCUGCAGCUGUUCUAGACACGUGUAGUUUUGUUUUUUCUCACAAUGCAAUAUAUUUAUGAUGCAUAAUUUCUUUCUGUGCUAUGAAAAGGUGCCGCGUUUUAAAGAUGGCACCGGGUUUUACUUUGCAGUACAAAGAAUGGUGAAUGUAUCAUCGUUUCUGCUUUGAAGAACGGGUUUAUUUAUACAAACUGUUAAAUAUUCAGGUCAACGGUUCUGACAGGUUUCUUCCUCUGCAGGUGACAGUUAUCACAUUUCAAACCAGUAUUCAUCACUUAUGUUUCUGUUGUUUUUUAUCUUUAAGUAGUUUCAGUUUCUUUAAGAUGCUAAUGAACUAGAGUGAGUUGGAAGAAGGAACAGAAGAUCUGUGAAGUGUUGGUGAACAGGAAUCCACUCGUAUCACCCUGCUUAUGUUGGUGACUGCUCACACACUUACUUGUCAUUAAAUAAAUGGGCAUGUGCAUGUAAA